GUUGGAGGAGCACCCUGCUUUGCAUUCAAAGUCGAUGGGACAUGGGUUUCAUUUCCUGCCCCCAAAAUGAAUACAUGGCGAAACGUAACUCUGUCAAUCGUGUUUGACAGGGUAUUAAGGUUGAACGAUGGGGCAACACCACUGGAGAAAGGGCGAUGUGCAUUGGAAAUGUGGCGUGUUCUGGAGCCGCAGGGCGAGUUCAGGCUGAAUGAUUUUUUGUACGACAGUUUUGAUUGCGGACAGCCAUGGGUGAUUGGUGGGAACGACGCAAAAGGGAGUACGGCGUGCCACGAGAGCGAUGCGAGGAGGGAUCCUAGGUGGGGUUGGGUGCCAUGUGCGAUCCCGAUUCCAUGUGGCCGUGUGAGGAUGAUGAUGCAUGAUACCAAGGGAAAUGUCUGGAGCACGCAUUAUGUGAAUGGCAACUUCUCCUUCAUGAACCUCGACAAGGAGGUCUCAGAAGACGAGAAGAAGGCAAUGGCAUAUCCUACCCAUACUACUGGCUGCUUUUUCCUGCCGCUUCGGAACCCUGUGGAGUUGGAGGUGGUUGAAGGGAAAGUGUUCGAUGGCAUUGUGGAGCAUUGGCAGAUCCUCGUGGUUCUAGCACGUGUCUUAAUUUUCAAUGUAAAUGUAAAGGACCACGUACUUUUGGUUGAACACGCAAAGCGCUACUGGGAGAAGAUAAGGGAGGAAGAGCGUCAGAUGGUGUGCGCGGGUUAUGACUCCAUGGCUGACCAGGGGAUGUGGUCCAUGGUUGAAAGGAAUCGUACGGGCCAAGAGCAGGGCGACCAUCAGAAUAGAUACAUGGCUCACAUUCGCCGCAGGCACGGUUGCACGACCGUUCUUGGUUGGGUCCCUGUCGUAUGUCCCAUGACAUAUGAGCAUGGUGGAGACAUCACCAUGAGAUUCAGAGACCCGCUUGGUGUGCCUUUCCAUCUGACCUACUCAAAUGGACUCCUGCGAGACAUUCGGUAUCGGGCGGAGAAUGACUUGGCAGGCUCAGCGCAGCCAGGCAAGAGGACAGAGAAGCGCUCAGAAAUUUCCCGUUUGUCUGUUGAGGUGGAGGGCCCAUGUGGUCCUGGUCGCGUCUGGGGGUGCUCUGCAGCACAAGGUGACAUGGGCGGCCCGAGCGAUGUCGCGAUGUCACAGAGACCGGGGAAGAUGAAGAAGUGCACGUUGGGACCGCCACAUGGGCAGACGCCCGCAGGUAGAAAGAAGGUGAAGUCCAAGGCAGUGCCAGCGACCGGAGACACCGCAGGUGCACGAACUCAGGUCCCCAGACGCCGUCGACGCCCCGGGAUGACAACUUUGGUGGAAAUCAGAAAGUUGCAACGAUCCACCGACCUUUGUUUGACUUUCAGGCCGUUCUUGCGGCUUGUGCGCGAGGUUGUGGAGGAGGACAUUGCUCCGGGUAUAGGCGUAAAAUUUCAAAUGACGGCGGUGCGUGCUUUGAUGGAGGCUGUCGAGGCGUACCUGGUCGCCAAUUUCGAGAACACCAACGAGGUGGUCAUCCAUUCGAAGAGGGUGACGAUCCAGGUCAAGGACAUGAGACUGGUGGAUAGGUUGUCGAAGCCUCACUAGGUUGAUAAAUAUCAAGGUAUGUU